AUGUCAUAUAGUGGAUCCAUGCUGGGGCUUAAUAGUCCUCCAUUUGAUCCCAAGAAGCCGAAGAUGUUGAUUUCAAAGGCCAUUGAGAUUGAAUUUGCUGAAAAAGCUCGCAAUAAGGCAUCUCAAUCUGGGAUCACUGAUUUGUCUCAAUAUGAUGUUCAAAUUGAGAAACUGUAUACGGAGUUGGAUGCGAUGUUUGGUGGAGAAGAAGAAAAAACUUCAAGCCAAGAAUGUCUAAAUAGUUCUUGCAAAUCCGAAAAUUUUGGAAUGAAAGCUUUCACAAGGGAUUUGAGGACUAAUUUCAAAGGAUUGGAUGAUAUAUACGUCUGGCACGCGUUAUGUGGUGCUUGGGGAGGAGUGAGGCCGGGAACAACUCACCUUGAUACGAAGAUUGUUCCGUGCAAAUUGUCCCCUGGACUUGGUGGAACCAUGGACGAUCUUGCUGUGGUGAAAAUUGUCGAGGGUUCCAUUGGGCUUGUCCAUCCCGAUCAAGCCGCAAAAUUCUAUGACUCGAUGCACUCUUACCUUUCUAAAGUUGGAAUUACAGGUGUCAAAGUGGAUGUGAUUCAUACACUUGAAUAUGUAUCCGAGGAUUAUGGAGGUAGGGUUGGGCUUGCAAAAGCCUAUUAUGAAGGGCUGUCAAAGUCCCUUGCCAAAAACUUCAAUGGAACUGGACUGAUAGCCAGCAUGCAGCAAUGCAACGACUUCUUUUUACUUGGAACUAAGCAGAUAUCUAUGGGAAGAGUUGGGGAUGACUUCUGGUUCCAAGAUCCUAAUGGUGAUCCAAUGGGAGUUUAUUGGUUACAAGGUGUCCAUAUGAUCCAUUGUGCCUAUAACAGCAUGUGGAUGGGUCAGUUUAUACAACCAGAUUGGGACAUGUUUCAAUCGGACCAUCUGUGUGCAAAAUUUCAUGCUGGAUCCCGGGCUAUCUGUGGGGGGCCGGUGUAUGUGAGUGAUUCCGUGGGGGGUCAUGAUUUUGAUCUGUUGAAGAAACUUGUAUUCCCUGAUGGUACCAUUCCCAAAUGCAUACUUUCUGCUCUCCCAACGAGAGAUUGCCUCUUCAAGAACCCCCUCUUUGACAGCAAAACCAUUCUUAAAAUUUGGAACAUCAACAAGUGUGGAGGUGUGGUUGGUGCAUUCAACUGCCAAGGUGCUGGAUGGGAUCCCAAGGAGAAAAGGAUAAAGGGCUACUCUCACUGUUACAAGCCAAUUUCUUGUUCUGUUCAUGUGAGUGACAUUGAAUGGGAUCAGAUGAAGGAUGCAACUGAAAUGGGAGAAGCAGAAGAAUAUGCAGUAUAUUUCAGUGAGGCGGAGAAACUAAUUGUAACAACGAGCAACUCAGAGGCAAUUCCAAUCACUAUUCUGCCAUCUACAUUUGAGAUUUUCAGCUUCGCCCCGAUCAAGAAGUUCGACCGGUCAUUGAAGUUUGCACCAAUUGGACUAACCAAUAUGUUCAACAGUGGAGGAACAAUUCAAGGCUUGGUUUACAAUAAGAGCAGUGUGGAAAUUGAAGUAAAGGGAGGAGGGAAUUUCUUGGCCUAUUCCAGUGUGUCACCUAAGAAAUGUUACCUCAAUGGUUCUGAAGUUGGAUUCAAUUGGUCAGAGAAUGGCAAAUUGGGAUUAUACCUUCCCUGGAUUGAAGAGGCUAGUGGCAUUUCUAAUGUGGCUUUUGUUUACUGACUGUGAUCCUUUGACAAACAAAAUAUUACAGAAAAUAUUCAUUGUUAAAUUAUUUUGGUUUCUAAGCCUUGUUUUGUGGCUUUGAAGACAUUGGAAUUGGUCUUUUGUUUUCUUGUAUACAAUAUUAGAUUUCUUGUUGUGCUUGCUGCCUUGUUAAGUUACUCAAAGUCUUGUGUUUAUCCCCUAAUAUGUAUUCUAUGGGGGAUUCGGAGUGAGUAUGUAUGUCUAUAUUUGUAUUCUCCCAUUUUAAUUAAUGAAUGCAAGUCAAUUUGGUUAA